AGGAAGUGGUUUCCUCACAGCUGAGCGCGUGACUGUCAGCGGGUCCACAGUCACGUGACUGUCAGCGGGUCCACAGUCACGUGACCCGAACAGGAAGAGCCCAGGACAAAAUGGCAGAGACGAGUGGCUUCGGUGGAGCGGGGUUUUUAACUUUUAUUUUCUAUUUCUGCUCCAGUUUGGGCUGUGGGAGCGGUACCGCCCAGGUCCCAGUGCUGCUGUGGUCCACUGACAGUUUCCCAGGCCUGGCCCCGCCCUCAGCUGGUCACAUGACAUCCAUGCAGGAGCUGAGCCUCUACCUGAGCUCGGUGUUUGGCUCGGGCUCACACAACGUGCUGCUGUUCCUGCAGGACAAGCUCAGCAAAGAUGACUUCACCGUCUUUGGUGGAGUGUUUGGAAACAAGCAGGACAGCACCUUUAAAAACCUCCAGGCUGCGAUGCAGUCCUCCUCCUCCUCAGUGACAGUCCCUGCCCUGGAGUGGGCCGGACCCUCUGCCAUCCCCUCUCUGCUGCAGGAGCAGCUUGGUGUUUCCCCUCUGCCUGUUGAUGCAGAGACACUGUCACACCUGAGCCUCCCCACAUCUGCCAACAGUCUGCUGCUCAUCAGUCUGCCGUACUGCAGCAGUUCACCCAAAUCCUGCAGGGAAGUCCUAAAUCAUAAUGAUGAGAUCAUUGGAAAAGUUGUGAGUUUCCUGAAAGCCAAACAUGUUCCAUACACUGCGAUAUACACCGGACUGCAGCCAUCAAGAGUGAUUUCUGAAGCGUCUGUGUCCCACCAACAAGUGGGCCGGUCCUUACUACAAACUGCUGGUCCUGUGCCAGCACCCAUCAUGUUUCUGAACGGAUCAUCUGUGUGUAUCAUGCUGUGGGCUCAGAACCUGUACAUCAGUACCUCCGGUGGUGCAGUCUGGGUCGACCUGUUUACAGAAAGUCCUGACCUGACCGGGUCCAUGUGUAACGACCAAAGCUCCCUGCUGGUGCUUACUUAUGCAUCAGGAUACAGACUGAGUUUUGCGAUGACUCGGCAGUUCUACCCAGUGUCUGCACGUCACUGGUUCACUCUGGACUCUGUGCAGCUGCAGAUAAACGGAACGAGUCAGUCCUUCAUAGGGAGGAGCAACAUCUACGCCCCUGCAGAGUACUCCUUCCACUGUGGCUCCGUCAGCAGCUUCCACGACGCCCUGCUGGUUCCAAACACCACCACUGACCAAACACAGGACUGGAGACUCAACUUUAUUGACUUCCAGAUCCAGGGCUUCAGCUUGUCCAAUGGAACCACCUUCUCCUACGCCAGUGACUGUGCAGGCUUCUUCAGUGCUGGCAUCUGGAUGGGCCUGCUCAGCUCCCUGCUCAUGCUGCUCAUCUUAGUGUACGGCCUGCACAUGAUCCUGCAGGUCAACACCAUGGACCGCUUCGACGACCCCAAAGGACCGUCCAUUUCAGUGCCUCAGUCAGAGUGAAGCACAGCAAACACACAAGUGCUUUUUACAUCCCUGUGAGGACCGUGGAUUAGCUUUCAUUCGUCUUCUGCUCAUUUUAUAUCCUAACCCUGAUCAUUUACCCUAAAGCUGACCUCACAGGUACCUGACCCUGAAAUUACCCUGACACUUACCUGAGCCUUAAAUCAUCCUCACAGGUACCUGAGCCUUAAAUCAUCCUCACAGGUACCUGACCCUUAAAUCAUCCUCACAGGUACCUGACCCUUA